UGAAAGCACGACUCACACACUACCUACUGCCUCUUUCUCCUGACGCUUCUCCUUCCUCCAAUCAAUGGCCGGUGCUUCCAACCCCAAAACCCUAAACAAAACCCUUCUUCUUUCACAAUCGCAAUCCUUACCCUCAGCUCUCGCGGACGAUGACGAUUUUCAAGAUCCAUCUCCUUCUCAGCUCCGAUUGCCAAAACCCACCUCAGCAAUUCCCUCCCGUAAGCCUCUUGCACCUUAUAAUAAUAAUAAUACUGCCAGUGCUUCUCGACCUUCCAAGAAGCCAAAACAGCAUCCACUACACGGAGGCAAGGAGAACAUAAUUGUUGUUGGAAAGUGUGCUGAGGAUUCGGAUUCGGGUCAUAAAUUGGAUAGUUCUCGUCCUACCAAGAAGCCAAAACAACAGCCACUAAUUUCCGAGAAACAGGAGUCCGAUUCUGAGGAUUUGGAUUUGUGUCAUGGAUUGGAUAGCAUAGAAUCGACUAUAGAUGGUUGUUCUAGGACCCAAAGAACGGAGAACGAGGAAGAAUUAAAGAAGGGUUACUUGUUUAAGUCGAUAGAGGCGAGGUUACUCAAUUCGGAUGGCGGAUUCGAAGAGAGAAAGGAGGGAUCGGAGGAGUGCUCUGAGCUUGAUUUGCUGCUCAAAUUAUGUGGCGAGGAGGAGGAUGAAGGAGAUCGUGUAGAGUGUUUUGGCUUAGAGGACGAAUAUGGUCUCGUUUGUUGCCCCCUUUGUGGAGCUGAUAUUUCAGAUUUGAGUGGUGACAUGCGAGAGGUUCACACUAAUGAGUGCCUUGACAAUGAGGAGACUCCAGCUCAUGUGGUUACUGCCAAUAAUGAUGUAUCUUUUCAGUGUCCUGGGCAAGUGCUUAAUGAUUCCCCAUGUCAAUCUCCUAAAAAGAUUGUCCAUGUAUCACCUGUUGUGGAAUGGUUGCGAAAUCUUGGACUUGCUAAAUAUGAAGAAAUCUUUGUUCGGGAGGAGAUUGAUUGGGACGCUUUAAAAUCCCUCACGGAAGAGGAUUUGUUUAGCAUUGGCAUCACUGCUCUUGGUCCGAGGAAAAAGAUUAUUAACUCUAUUUUGGAGCUAAGAAAGGAAACUGCCAAGGAAAAAGUAGCUCGGCGAGAUGUGACAAAAGUUGUACCUGAUGAUGCCGAUACUAAACCAAGCAAGUUGAUAACAGAUUAUUUUAUUGGUUCUGUUUCGGAAAGAAAGAGAGUUUGUUCUACUGGAAGGGCACAAACGGAGGUUGGAAGAACUUGUUCAGAUGCUUCCCGUAAGAGAAUUCAGAAGAAAAAUCCAGCCAAGAGUGCAAAAUCUAAAGAUAUUCCUAUGUGGUGUUCUGUACCAGGAACACCAUUCCGAGUGGACGCUUUCAAGUACUUGAGAAGAGAUUGUUCUCAUUGGUUCCUCAGCCACUUCCAUUUAGAUCAUUAUCAAGGGCUUACCAAGUCCUUCUGUCAUGGAAAAAUUUAUUGUUCCUCAAUUACGGCAAAGCUUGUUAAUCUGAAGAUUGGAAUCCCAUGGGACAAGAUACAAGUUUUACCCAUCAACCAGAAAAUCAACAUUGAAGGAAUUGAUGUCAUAUGCUUUGAUGCAAACCAUUGCCCGGGUUCCCUAAUAAUCCUUUUUGAGCCACCCAAUGGUAAGGCUGUCCUGCACACGGGGGAUUUUCGAUUUUGUGAAGAAAUGACAAGGAAUUCAAUCUUGCAGACUUGUGGUGUCCACACUCUCAUCCUAGAUACAACAUACUGUGACCCUCAGUAUGACUUUCCAAAACAGGAGGCUGUUAUUCAAUUUGUUAUUGAAUCAAUACAAGCUGAAACUUUCAACUCGAAGACCUUGUUUCUCAUUGGUAGCUAUACUAUAGGAAAAGAGAGGUUGUUUGUUGAGGUUGCUCGUGCUCUACAGAAGAAAGUCUAUAUCACUGCAUCAAAGUUACGCAUUUUGCAGUGUCUGGGUUUUCCUCGAGAAGAUAUGCAGUUUUUCACAUUAAAUGAGCAGGAAAGCCAAAUUCAUGUUGUGCCUAUGUGGACACUGGCUAGCUUCAAAAGAUUGAAGUAUGUUUCCAACCAGUAUGCGGGACGGUACAGUCUUAUUGUUGCUUUCUCUCCAACUGGUUGGUCAUUUGGUAAAGGAAAGAAGAAGUCAACUGGAAGCAGGUGGCAGCAGGGUACUAUCAUCAGGUAUGAAGUACCAUAUAGCGAACACAGCAGCUUUUCAGAACUCAAAGAGUUCGUUAAGUUUGUAUCUCCUGUUAACAUCAUCCCUAGUGUAAAUAAUCAUGGACCUGAAUCCAGCAAUGCAAUGGUCUCGUGCCUCUUGGACUGAUCAAUAUAGUUUUCCAAGAUGUUAUACCAUUUUCUGGACGGUCCAUUGUAGCUUGGACAAUGUAAUUGCUGAUGUUUUGUUCCAAAGCAUGUGUAUUCUUUACAUGAUGCAAUAAUAAUUAGUGUAUUUAGUUCAAAGGUGUACGGAAACGCAAAAGAACACGAGAAGAUAAAGCAAGAGCAAUUACCUCCAACUCCUCUUUCAGGCUCUCAAGCUGAAAUUUUUGCAUUACACAUAAAUCUCAUAUCAAGCAUCUGUCUCUGGGAGUUGUAUCUUGAAGAGCAUCACAAAGUUACACAUCAGAGCAGGCAUGCAGCAAUCCCUUACCUUAUGUUGGAAAUUCCUCUGCCAUUCUGAAAUAGCCAUAGCUAACUAAGUAGGAGAACAUGUAACCAAAGCCUAACAUUAUUUUUGAUUUUGUCUCAUUGUUAAUUUAUCUCAUUCUUCCUAUCCUUUAUUCUUUUUC